CUGUGAGAGAAAGAAGGAAGAGAAGCAUCUGGUGUGAGAAGCACAUCUCUGUCCUCCGGGUUUGUCUUCGAGGGACGUUGGGAGCCGCAGAGGAAGUGAGCCGAGGCCGGAGCCGCUCCGCCGCCCUCCUCCCCCUCCGGACCGCUCGCUCAGGCUCCAGCAGCCUCUCUUAGAUCCGGUCAGGUCCUCUCACUGCUACCUCCAGCCCAGCAGACAUGGCUCCCACCCUGGCCACGGCCUUCUCCCGCCGCUGGUGGAUGGCGGUGACGGCGGUCAUCGAGAACCUGCUUUUCUCUGCGGUGCUGCUCGGCUGGUCGUCCCUGCUCAUCAUGCUCAAGUCCGAGGGCUUCUACUCCUACAUGUGCAGCAGACCAGAAAACAGCUCCAGUCUGAACCUCUCCACCGCCAACACCUCUAAGGCUGACAGUGAAGAAGAGGAGUAUCUGCUGAUGAACAACUGGCCCAUCUGCAAAGACCAGGACGAGAUGCUGAACCUGGCCUUCACGGUGGGCUCCUUCCUGCUGUCGGCCAUCACUCUGCCCCUGGGCAUCGUCAUGGACAAAUACGGGCCGCGGAAGCUGCGACUUCUGGGAAGCGCUUGCUUUGCCUUCUCCUGCCUCCUCAUCGCCUACGGUGCCAGCGAUCCCAACAAUCUCUCCAUCCUGAUCUUCUUUGCGUUGGCAUUAAACGGAUUUGGAGGCAUGUGCAUGACCUUCACCUCCCUGACGCUUCCCAACAUGUUUGGAGACCUGAGGUCCACCUUCAUCGCCCUGAUGAUUGGAUCCUAUGCUUCCUCUGCUGUCACGUUCCCCGGCAUCAAGGUGAUCUAUGAUCUGGGUGCCACCUUCAUCUCCAUCCUGCUGGUUUGGGCCGGCUGUGCCGGCCUCGUCUUCCUCAACUGCUUCAUCAACUGGCCUCUGGAGCCUUUCCCAGGCCCAGAAGACAUGGACUUCACGGUGAAGAUCAAGUUCAGCUGGCUGGGCUUUGACCACAAGAUCACAGGGAAGCAGUUUUAUCGCCAGGUGACCACAGUGGGCCGGCGUCUCAGCGUCGGCAACUCAAUAAAGCAGCAGCACCAGCCAGCCAAAGACCUGGCCACUCAGGAGGGCAACAAGCUGUGUCUGUCCACCGUCGACCUGGAGGUGAAGUGCAAGGGCCAGGAGCAGACUCAGUCUUUCAUGAAGAGUAUCUUCAGUCCCAUCUUCCUGCUGAGCCUCAUCACCAUGUGUGUCACUCAGCUGCGCCUCAUCUUCUACAUGGGAGCCAUGAACACCAUCCUGGAGUCUCUGACGGACGGAGACCUCAGCACAGUGAGCGUGUACACCUCCAUCUUUGGCGUCCUCCAGCUUCUGUGUCUGGUCACCUCUCCUGUGAUUGGCUACGUCAUGGACUGGAAACUCAGAGAGUGCGAGGACGAGAACGACAAGAGUGUCAAGAGAGAGCCUGGUCAGCCCCGCCCCCCCAGCAAGCAGAUCCAGAAGAUCAUCAACGCCACCAGGGCCUUCAUCUUCACCAACCUGCUCCUGGUUGGCUUUGGAGUCACCUGCAUCGUCCCCAACCUGCCACUCCAGAUUCUGUCCUUCAUCCUGCACACUAUCGUCAGAGGCUUCAUCCACUCUGCGGUCGGAGGCCUCUACGCCGCCGUGUACCCGUCCUCCCAGUUUGGCAGCCUGACGGGCAUGCAGUCUCUGAUCAGCGCUCUGUUCGCCCUGCUGCAGCAGCCUCUCUUCAUGGCCAUGGUGGGACCCCUGGACGGAGACCCUCUAUGGGUGAACGUGGGCCUGUUGGUGCUGAGCAUGCUGGGAUUCUGCCUGCCCCUCUACCUGCUGUGCCACAGCCGCCACCUCCAGCGCCUCAGAGACGAGCGCGACGAGGAUCCCAAGAUCUACGUCAAGAUGAACAACGGCAGCUCGCCCGAGGCCUGCGUCUAGACCGCAAGGAGGAAGAGUCUCUAAAAAGCGGAGAGGACGAGCUACGCUAAGAGAGAAGGAGGGCGGAGGAGGUCUUCUACCUGUGUGACACACCUUUUACAUUCCUCACACACACACACACACACACACUGUACACUGCUACAUGACUGAACACCACUGUGACGCCCACCUUCACCCUCUCUGACACGAGACGCUGUGAAAACCUGACACACACACACUCGGCCACACGGGGAGCUCACCGUCCCUCCACUGCACCUCCCAACUGACUAAAGGGAGACAAGACGACUGGUUUUAUCUCCUCCACGUGUCUCCCUCUUCACAUCUCGCCAUUUUUAUUUCACGCUGCUACAUCUGUCACUGACGGCCAACUGGUUUCGCCUCCACCAGUCCUACACAGAAACCACAGGAGGAGACGAUGCCAGCCAAAGGAAAACCACAGCGAGGACAGUUUUGGAGACAAAUGUAAAAAACAAUCUCAGUGACAGUGUUGGUGUGUUGUGAACAUUUUGGACUGCAGUAACCAUGACGACCUUUGGAUUGCUUCAGGGUGGUCUGAGGUGCUGCUCAUCCAGCCAACCCUCAUCUAUCUCAGACAUGUUUAUAUGUGAGAACAAGUACACACACACACACACACACAAGUAGCAUCCUCAGUCAUGGCAUCUCCGCUUUCCUCUUGUGCUCGAGGGCAUUAAGUGAAUCCACAGGAGGUAUCAGUUCAGGUUGAAAUUCAUACUGCGACAGCUUUGUGAUCAGCACACAACACUCAGACAAGUCAGUCGAGGAAGCACCGCAGCAGCAUCUCUGCGUGCGUCUGUGUUAGCUAACGCAGUUUGAUGGUUUAGUUUCUGCAUGAUGCCAGAGACAGUGCUGGUCCUUGAUUUCACUGGUGCAGGAAGACACAACCAGCUGCCAUGUUUUCGUUGUACGUCCAUACAUUUGGAAUAUGUAAUCGUUUAUGUAUUUACUUGCAAUAUGAUCUCAGAUGCGUUGUUUAAUCUUUGUUCCUUAUGCAUGAGCUGAUUAUGUAAAGGAGGAGAUGUGCUUAUAGCAGGGAGACGGGACAAAGACGUUAGACAUCGUGUGUUUUUACAGGUCGGAGCGGCGCUUAUCGUAUCGCUGCUCACAUGAACUUGGGUUCUGGAUUCGUUGUAGCAAUAAGUGCUCCUGCGAGGUGCUGGGCGACACGUCGACGCACCGUCACACACGGACAGGCAACGUUUUACGGACUCUGUUUCUGAAUCGCAAAAGGUGCUAGUUGAAUCACAGAAGUUUGUGUUUUGCUUUAAGACGCUGUUGAGGUCAUUUUUCAAAGGCAACAAAUUGCCGCCAAAUUCCUACUAAGAGCAUGUUUUUCUCUACACGGUGGACUCCAAAGAACCAAUCAGCUUACCAUUUCUAGUUACCUUUGCUCUUUGUUUCUUUUCUUCUCUGCACUGUAACACAAAGUGCAACCGCAGCAGCAGCAGCUCUGGGAAACUUAAAUUCACCUCUUACAGACAUAAAGGGAGAUUUGCUCGGAGGUAGCAGGCCGAUAGAGACGUCCAGCUUCUGAGAAAAGAAGCAGAGCGCGAUGAGACUAAACCCAGACAACAAAGAGUCUUUGUAUUUGAAAGAGAAGCCCAGAACAGAAGCGUGGAGUGUGUAGACGAUGAUGCAGGGAGAUAAUAACUCAGUCUGCUCUCUCCAAAUGCCGUGCAGCGAAGCUCCUCACAUGUUUUUUCCUGCCGGGCAGUAACUGACAGAAGCACGUCCAAAGACAGCCCUGACCCUCAGAGUGCCUCUCUGUGAUGGGAGGAGUGGAUCCAGGCAGUCCCUCUCUGUCUCCCUCCAUCUAUCCAUCCAUUCAUCUGUCGCUUUCAUCCAGCAAUUCAAACGUGUCUUGAAAUGUUUACCGUUGACAGAGCUGAGAGACGAGCCUCUGCUGCCAUCGGACGCCCCCAGCGAGUGAGAAUUGAAUGGCACAUGAUGCACUUUAGACCUCCAAAAUGGACCUCAGUCAUGUAUUUCUGAGCGGCCUGCAUUGUACACGCGGUGCACGGCUGCUUUUAUGGGGGUGCAUGAUGCAAAGAAUGUAGACUCAGAGCUUCGGAUGUAGAUUUGUACUUCAGAACGUGGGAUCAGAAAGAUGCUGUUAUUUUUUUAUACUCAGAUUUUAAAAAACCUAUUGCUUCACAUGUUUGUUGUAUCGCCUUUAUGUGCAAGGACAGCGCGGCAGGGGCUCGUCUCUCAGUUCAGGAACCUUCAUCCGUCAUGCCAAUCACAGCGUGUUCUAAAUGAGUUCAGAAAGAAGCUGAGGGGAAUGUGUGGAGUCAAACUGGUGCCGAAAUUCUUGAAACGUACUUAGGUGGAGGACAUAUGUGAAGAGAGUUUUGUGUCGUGGGAAACAAGUGGUGUACAUGUGUAAUGAAAGAUUUCUGCACGGUGAGCUGAAUGUUGCAUAACACACACUUUGUGGGUGUGUGUAGGAAAAGGAAGCACCUUGAUUGUUUAAAUUAAAAAUGAUAUAAAUCCACCAAAGUCCCGACCAAGAUCCAUGACUGAAGCUUUUCAGACAUGAACCUACACAGACGACAUGCAGGAGUUCACAGCUUCUGUUUACGUUGCUUGAUCCAAAAAUGGUGUAGAAUCUGUAUUUAUCCAUCUGCUUAUGUGGGUGAUGGCUGUGAUCUGAAUCAUGUUUUAUUUGUCAGUCAGAUAAAUCCACAGAGACUCGGAGCACAUCCGUGGCUUUGAGAGACUUUACAGUAUGUGUACAGAUCUUCUCUUACAAAUCUACAGCUUCUGUUUCCACUUCACAAAGCCAGAUUUAUGGUACACCUGUCAUUAGUCAAACGGAUCAAGGCACUAGUUUAACUCCACAAAGCCGAUCUCUGGUGUGUCCUGUAGCUGAAGUCGUUGUGACUGGAGGUUGCAGCCAGGUGCAGAUGCAGCGACAUAAAUGUGGGUAACGAUGGACGUUGAUUUUUUGAUUUGCCUGGUAACCCGUUGUGAACGCACUCUCAGCAGCAGCGUGAUAAUAAUGUCACUUCCAGGCUGUUUGUCUUGGAUUGAUGUCACACAUGUAGCGUCAUGUGAUAACUGAGCCUGGCUGACUGACUGAUGAGUUCAUUGGGAACCCAAUCAGCACCUUCCUUCACUGCCGUACCUUAAACAUCUCAUGCUGCCCUCAAUGCCAUCAUCUCCCUGGCCCAACCCCAACCUCCUUGGAGAGGGAUUGUUCUCAAGUUUGGUUUAUGAUCGAUGUAUUGAUGAACUGUUUGUUUAUUUGAUGAUGAAUUCCCGGCGUCGGUGUUUGGUUUUGGGCGUUUUAGGCUCUGUGUGAUGAUAAGAAACAGAUAUGAGCUGAAACACUGACGCUGUGUUCCCUUCUCUUUUUUUCUGCUCCAUUUUAGUUGUGUUGUCUUUUAUUAAGCUUCUUUUUCUCCAUCUGAUGUUUACGAGAAUGUGUAUUUUAAUGAUCUUACGUUGUAUAUUUGGUUUUCUUUCGUCUUGUACCACAGUAUAGCCAUUGUCAUUGACUUUUCAAGACAUGCUGUUUCAACUGAAAGAAAAAAAAAAGACAGAUCAUUAUAUGAAGCAAAAUAAACACGAUAAUUUGUA